AUGAGAGAUGCGAUUCUCGCCAAAGUGAAAUCUCUCGGCGCAAGGUGUACAAUACUGUACAAGAGACAUUUAACCCCGCAACAAAUAUACACCAUCGCUUACGAUAUCGGCGCAGGCAAUUCACAGACUAUGACUCGCGAUGAAUCUCGUGAAAUUACAAACUACAAUGAUUUCCGCAAUUUCGUGUUCUCUGACUCUCGGGUCAUCGAAUAUGAAAAUGAGGAGAAAGCACUUGCAGCGAAAGACACGCAGAAGGCUACAGUUCGCAAAUCUGUGAGCGCAGACGCCGAUAGCGAUGUUGAAAUGGUGACCGAUAACCCUAAGACUGUUGAAAUCGGAAAUAGUAAAGUAAUUGAACAUGCAGAGGGAAAAACACAAAUGGAUACCGACGAGAAAAAAGAUGGGGAAAAUGAAGAAAAUACCGAAGACAGUGAUGGCGAUGAGAAAGCGACUGAAAAGGAUCUCAAAAAAGAAGCUGAAGAAGAUUUGACAAUAAGUUCAUCUUCGGAUGCCAGUCAGAGUGACAGUACUAAAACCUCAAAGAAAACUAAACCUGCAGCUACAACUGCUUUGAAGAAACGCAAUGAAAGUAGUAGCAGUAGUAGCAGUAGCGAGAGCGAAGAAGUCGUGUAA